GGUAAAUUUAGAUGAAAGUCCCAAUUUAAAAAGUGUUUUGUCAAUGUUAUACCUUCAAAUAGAAUAGACUUUCUUUUUGCUAUAGUUUCCUCAUUUGCUUGUAGGACAGCUGCAAGAUCAAGAGGCUGGGGUAGGGGGGGCCAUGUGGAUAUGAGUGAAGGACGUAUCAAGAGUAAACACGGCAAAAGUGAGUCAAGGGAGAAAGGCACAGGAAAAAUGAGGUGAUAAAGAAAAACUCGGAGCAGAAUCGGGGCUAUUUUGGGCUGAGCGGGCUUCCUGCAGGUGAUGGAAAUGAAAGAUUUCUAGAACAAUUGCUCAGCAACAAGUGAGGAGGCGAGGGAGGCGAGGGAUAGAGGAGGAUGUGUAUGUUGGGGGGGGGGGGGGGCACAACUAGAGCGAAGAGCAAGCAUGGGACUCAAUGUAAACAUCACAAAAGGUCACCUAAAAUAUAGUUAUGUUCUAGAAUACCUGUAGGUUGUUUAUGUUCCCCUCACAGUAAACAGAUUCAAACUGCCGAAUGUAAUUGAUUAAUUGCCGCUGGGAAGAACCUAACCUGCUCCCACACUUGGACCAACACUGAAGACACACCCCCUCAUCCUGCCAUCAUGUUAUAAAGAAGGUUGAGCAGGGAGGGCAUGACAGACGCUCAGCGAGGACGCCGCUAAUGGUUUUAUCACAGCAUCACAGCUGCUAUUUGAAAGUUUUCAGAGAACUGUAGGAGACCCCGGUAUGGAGAUAGCUUUUCUGCUGCUGCUGACUGUGUCCUUGACUACCGCCGGCCCACUCAAACUAACUCCAAAAAGAGAGUCUGAGGUGGGCGUUACAUUUUUUGGAACACCUGUCCAGACUGGAGCCACAGGAAGGGCAGACAAGGAUGCUCCACCUUUGAAGGUCGUCCCUUUCCAUUCGGAGGGCAAACGUUUUGGGCUGGAACCUCUGAAACAAAGCAGUGCAUUGAUUCUGCGCCUCAGACGGGCUCUUCAGCGUGGAUGCCAGCUCGGGACAUGCCAACUACACAACCUCGCCAACACUUUGUACCACAUCAACAAAACAAAUGGAAAAGAGGAGUCUACGAAGGCCCAUGACCCCCAGGGAUAUGGAAGAUAGCAAAAAAAAGAAAAAGAAAAAAAGAAAGGACAUAUGUCCCCAGAGGACUGAGGACAUAUCUCCAUUUAUUUACAACCAAACAUCUCCAAACAUGUUCAAAGUAACUGGUACUUUUAGAUUAAUGACUGUCGAGCACAUGGAUUGUGCGUGAUCAUUUUUGUAUUUUAUUCUUAAAUAAAUUUAUAUAUAUUUAAAUUUGUUGAGCAAAUAAAAUAUUUUACACGAUGAAAUCUGUGGAUGUAUGUCCUAAUAAACAUCCUUGCAACUAUAUAUUAAAACCUAACUUUAUAUUUAAA